CAGUGAUGGAUAGUUGAGGAAAAAAGAUAAAACAGUAAAAUAAUUGUAAAUCGCUUUCCAUCCUUUGGAAUGGAAUGGUUACCUCUCAACUUCCAACUCCAACCACCUGGGGUGGGAAUAUCUUGGUUAGUAAUAUUUGAUGGGGGAGUAAGGAGUGAUGUAUUGAGUUACUAUUAAUUGAAGAAAUAUAGAUCUUAAUACCAGUUAUGGAGAGUUGAAAAAAGUAGAAAUAUUAUAAAAAUCAUAAAUUGCUUUCUUACUACCCACUAUUAAUUGACAGAAAAAGUAAUUAGAAGAAAAAGGGUAAAUCAAACUUCAGUUGAAGUUGAUGAUUAAUAUUUUAAAAUUUUAGGGAUUUGAUUUGUCUUAUACCGGAUACAGCUUAUCCCGGUCAUCAGAUGGUUGCUUGCUUGCUGUGCUCAACACUUCAUUUUGUUCUUCAUCAUCACUUGACUAAAUCAAAUCAACAAUGGUUGGUCCUUUUUUUCUCACCGUUUCUGUGUUUCAUGUUCAGUAAACUUGCUUCUUGCCUUCUUGCCAACACUCUCAAUACCAGGCUGAUGCUGUUUUUCUUUGUACGCAUGUCAAUUUGGUUUUCAGGAUAAGAACUACAAAACCACCGUGGCAAUAACUGAGGAAGAGAAUUUUUAGGAUAACUCUGGUUUACCUCAUGUGAAGGUUGAUUCCUCUGUGUCCUCAUCUUCAGUUUCUGCAGCACGGUACAGGAGUCACCAAGCACCUGCCUAGUAAUGGGCGAUUUAGAUUUUUUGCUGCUUUCUUACUGGGAAUGAUUCACCAACAAUCAACAAGAAUAUAACUAAUGUAAACAU